AUGUCAGAUGACGAAUGUCUGGACGAAUACGACGAUGAAGAUGUUUUCUGGAUUGAGGAACCAGAUCCAACCAUUGCUGACGAUUUAGCUGAAGCCGCUACACACGACGCGUUGUACUUUGAUGAUCCCUCCCUUGAGGCAGAGGACUUUUACAGUGAUUGGGAUGAAUUGUCCGAUGAUUAUUAUGAUGACGACCCAACCGUUGAAAAGAGGCGACGCAUGAUGGAUAUAGCGAAGAACAACGGAUAUUCUGGAGAAUUGCUUGAGGAUAUUCAACGACAGGGAUUGCUGGAACAGAAGACAUUGGUGCACCGUCUACAUCGCGGCGGAGUUGUCGCAGAAUCACCAGCAUUCAAGACAGACCAGGCAUCUUUUCAAGCAGUGGUAUGGAAGAGCUCCGAUGACAAGAAAACCCCGGUCACCUUGUAUGAGCCGGGUGAUGGGGAGAAGGUUGCACUGCUAAAGAACUGGCGGGAGGUGUUUCGAAAUUCUCAUCCUGCCCUUCGUCUGCGCAAGCUCGGUCAUCUCAAGGCGAACAAGGAACAUACUCGCUCUCGAUUAAUCGGCACCAUAUUACAAAAAGAAAGUCAAAAGGAAGACAGUUCAGACUGCACCUCUGGUGCCUCGCUGGAUAACCUUCGCGAAACUGACGCUGCCUCCGACAAUAGCCUGGCAUCGACUCCUCCGGAGUCUGUGUCAUCGAUUCCCCUACACAGAAUCAGAGCGAUGGAAUCAUUCACUAGUGUGCCCGUCGUUCCCGAAUUGAACGACUUUACGAGCUCUCUUGAAGACCGGGAAAUGGACGAUAUCACCACGAAACAAGGCGAAGCCAAACCGACCGAUGUUGCGGGCAACGGUUCAUCGAUUUCUUCCGGGAAGCAUCGAAAACGUAAGGCUUCGGAUCUUGCCGAGGAGCAUCAGCAUAACAGCACCGAAACUUCCAAGAGGUUAAGGUCAGAAAGCAAUGUAUUGAACCCAGCUGGCAAAAAAGGAACCGCCGCGACUCCAUCACCGGGCCCGGGCAGAAAAUCAACCAGGCAGAAGACGAAUCAGAAAUGA